AUACCACUGGACUUUGCUUCAGACUGUGUGUUUGUUUCCAUUCAGGCGUACCACGGCCACCACCAUGCUAUGGAGGUCCUGGUUCAGUCUCUGCUGGAUCUAGACGUGAGGAACAGCCAGGGGCGCACCCCUCUGGACCUGGCUGCCUUUAAAGGCCAUGUGGAGUGUGUUGACGUCCUCAUCAACCAGGGAGCCUCCAUCCUGGUUAAAGACUUCACCCUGAAGAGGACCCCCAUCCACGCUGCAGCUACCAACGGUGAUUCGGAGUGUUUGCGUUUGCUGAUUGGAAAUGCUGACCUCCAGAGUGCAGUGGACGUUCAAGACGGGAAUGGACAAACCCCUCUGAUGCUGUCAGUGCUGAGCGGACACACAGACUGUGUGUACUCACUGCUCAACAAGGGAGCCAGCGUAGAAGCCAAAGUGUCACG